UGACUACUGGUCACAAAAGACUAGAACAGAAGGUGUGUCUGUUUACCUUUUUUUGCUUCUCCAAAUUAGUGUGAAAAAAAAGAGAAAAGACAGAAAGGUAAAGUCAAAAUGAGUAAUUAUACAAUGGAUACAAGUAAUCCUGAUGAUGAUCAUGGACCUGCUCCAGCACCUUUAGAUCUUGGACGACUUGAAGCAGAGGCAAGGACAGCAGCUGCAAAACAUGUAGCUAAUUUACUUCAGAGGCCUGAGCAGUUAGAAAAAUGUGACCAGUAUAAACGAAGAGUAGCAAGGAAAAAGGCAUCUGUAGAAGCCAUGUUAAAGACUGCAGUUCAAUCGCAACUAGAUGGUGUGAGAACUGGAUUAAAUCAACUACAAAGUGCCCUUAUGGACGUCUACGAAAUCAAACAAAGUUUGGAUCAGAUGGAAGAUACAUAUAAAUCUGUUCAACCAUUACAUGCUAAAUUACGAGAUCUUAAAACAGAGAACACUAACUUUUGUCAGCUUGCUGCUGCCCAGGAAAACAUUAAUCAUAUAUUUACUGUACCAGAGAGUGUUAAAAGAACAAGAGAUCUUAUAACAGAAGGAAAACUUCUACAAUCUCAUAAGUAUUUAACAGAUCUAGAAAUGUCCCGUGAUGAUUUGUUAUUAGAACUACACAAACAACCACAGAAAAGCCCAACAGAUAAUAAUACAUUAAAGAAUUAUUUUGUUGAUGUUGAGAAAUUGUCAUGUGAUUUAGGUAAACAGUUAUGGAUUAUAUUACAGAGAGUUUUACUAUCAGUGAGACGUGAACCAACUUUAAUUGUUACUGCUCUUAGAAUUAUAGAAAGAGAAGAAAGAUUAGAUCAGGCAUGGAUUAAAAAACAAGUACAGACAGGGUUCUCCCCCCCUGGUAGACCAAAAAAAUGGCGGUCCAGAGGAUUUAAAAUAUUAGAGCAAUCUAUAGCUGCCAGAAUUGAAGGAUCACAGUUGGAAGAUAGAGAAUCUAAUAAAAUGUGGUUAGUUCGACAUCUAGAAAUAACUCGACAGUUGAUGAUAGAUGAUUUAAAGGUGGUGAAGACAUUAUUACCUCCCCUGUUUCCACCCGAAUACGAUAUAGUUAAACGUUAUACAAAGAUGUACCAUACAGCUUUAUCUACACAUUUAAUAGAAUUGAUAACACAGGAAUUAGAAGGCAAUGAGAUAGUAUCUUUAUUACAAUGGGUUAAUGCUUAUGAUUCACCAGAGUUAAUGCGACAUCCUGAGUUAAAUAUAGAUAUAAAAGAAAUGGAAUUAGGACCAUUAUUAGAACCUAAAUAUAUCACACAGUUAGAACAACAAUAUUUACAGAAUAUGAAACAGAAUGUAGCUGAAUGGUCUAGUAAUAGUUUAAGAUCUGAUUUAAAGGAUUGGAAUAGAGAUGUAAUGCCGGAUGUUAAUGCUGAAGAUCAUUACAAUACAUCACUUCCUGUUAUACUCUUUCAAAUGAUGGAACAAAAUCUUCAAGUAGCUCAGAUAAUAGAUCAAGAUUUAGUGAAGAAAGUAUUAGAAUUAUUUGUAGAUGAACUCAACACAUUUGCUGUAGAUUACUCUAAUAUAAUACGUAAUUAUCGAGAUAAACAUGCUACUACCAGAGGAGAACCUAAAUACUUUUUAAACUAUAUGAUAGCUAAUGCUAACAAUAACCAGGUAUUUGGUGAUUAUAUGAAACAGUUACGUAAAAGAUAUUUAAAGAAUGAGUAUGAUGAUGAUGAUGUUGAAGAUGAGAGUGAUAUUAGAAGAGAUAGAUUUCAACAAUUAACUGAUACCUUUACAGUCAUAUCAACCAAAUGUUGCAGUAUGAUUUUAGAAGAAUUUUUUAUAGAUCUGAGAAACAGUAAUUGUUUUAAUGAAUUAUUAACAAGAAACUGGAUGUCUAAGACUGAUUCUAUUGAUACCGUGUGUGAAACAUGGAUGGAUUAUAAUAGUGAUUUUAAACAUCUCAAACCUGCAGCAUUUGAUAUGGUGGUCGAGUUGGGACAAAAACGUAUAUUGAAGGAGUAUCUUAGAGCUCUGUUGGCAAAAAAACUUUCCUUUAAAAAUUAUGACGAGCGUCGGAAUUCAGCUGAUAAAAUCAUGAGAGAGGGAGAACAGAUGAAGAAGUUGUUCAGAGAAAUGGCACCAAGAUCUAAUACCUCGAUGUGGGAUCUGUUAACAAGUGUAGCAGAAUAUCUCAAGUUAAAAGAUACAUCUUUGUUAUCACUGGAAAUUAUGGGUUUAGUAAAGAGAUAUCCUGAUAUAAGACAAGAUCAGUUAAUUAAUCUACUGUUGUUAAGAGGUGAUAUGAAAAACUCUGAUGCUAAACAAAUGGCUGUUGAUACUCUAGGUGAUGAAGAAGGUGAAAAACCCAAAGGAAUUUUUACGGACUUAGCUACAUCCUAAAUAUACCAACUUUAUAGAAGUAUUAAAAAUAUUAGUGCUAAUAGCAUAGCUAUAAAUAUGCUGAGACAAUGAAAACGCACCACUUUUAUAAAUGGAUGAAUGUAAUUCUGGUUUGAGAGAUACACUUUAAUCUGUUGAUUCUGAAUGUAACAACAUCAGAUCAAAAUGAUAACAUGUGAGAAUGAUGUAUUCAUGGUAGCCUAACCACACCACAGAUAAAUUCUUUCAAACACAAAAAAAUUAAUUUGACAGAAUGGGGAUGUUUAAUAUCACAUAACUUUAUGAUGCAGACAUAGGAUAUGAAAUGUGUCUUUAAAAAAGCUAGGGCCAGUACAACUCUUAUAUUUCUGUGGAAGAUGCUAUAUGGUGUUUAACAUUACUGUAUCAAUUGGGCUAAUGAAGACAGCUGUCGAAGAUGCAACAAUAUGCCAAGAUUGUCAUCUGAACAUUGUGGUAAUUCAAGCGGCAUGAUAACAGAGCCACUGGAAGCAGUAUUGGAAUGAGAGUGGAGAAGGAUCCCACAAACAGCCAUUCAGAGGCUCUCCUUCACUUGAGAUGGCAUGUGUGGUUGCUAGAAGUGGCAGUAGCAUGUGCCUACAAUUAACAUUGUAAGGAUGUUAUGGCGGUAUGGUUCUACUGUCGGUAAAUGUCCAGCCUACAAUCAUGCCAAAAAAUCCUAUUUCACCAGCACUUCCAGUCAAAUCAGUGUCAGUGGUAUACAAUGAAAAGUAUGAUAUACUAAGUUUGCUACAUAAUGUCACUGUCUGUAGGUAUGUGCUAGCUAUUUUUGAAAGUGGCAUUAUCAUUUGUUGAUUUAUUUUUAGAAGUCAAAUACAACAGUGUGAAAUCAAAUUAAUACUUUAUAAAUUGACUAAUGCCAUUUUUAAUUUUGGUCACAAUAUAUAAUAUCCCCCCCACCCCCCCAAAAAAUGAUAUGUAUUUAUAUAGGUAGGCCUAUAUCAGUUUACUUACAUUGACUAUAUUAAAUAUAUGCACCUCACAUGCAUGGGGCCCAAUUUUGCCCAGGCCCCGAUAUAUUCACCCAGGGCCCAAAUCCUCCUGUGUCCCAAAUUCAUCCAUGACCCAAAUUCGAUGGCCUAAAACAUUUGCAGGGUCAUGGUGGUUAAUUUGAUGCCACAUAGAUGGGGGUGGAUUGCGGCGACGAAACACGAUGGGUGAACAUAAUACACUUUGAUUUUAUAUAUAUAAUUCUAUAAUGUAUAAUAAAGGUGUAUUAAUUAUGUUUGUAAUGAGUAUGCAAUUGUAUCUCGAACUAGCAGAUGAGGGAAAACACAGCCUACAGAAUAAUUGUACCAAAACAGUAAACAUCUAAUGCCAAUUAGUUAUUUGGAAAGUUGACCAUUUCAGUAGUAUUUUGGUUUUAAAUAAUUUGUCUGGUUGUAGUGCUCAUAUCCAUUUCUCUGAGAUUACUUUAUUCUACUAAGUGGCUUGGGCUGAUGAAAUUUGGGGCCAAAUAGGUUUUUCUACUCAUUUUAAAACACUAUCAUAAUUUCAUAAUACUGGCAACAAACUAUUUCUAAUUAUCGGGACCCAACAAUGGCAAUUUUGAUGUCAAAGUAAUAAAUAAAAAUAAACGAAA